CUCCCCACCUUCUAAGUCCUUUAUCUAGUUGAGUCCUAAUUAACUCAAAAGCAAGCCCACCUAUCACUUCAGGUGAAAGCAGAACGACGAGAUCCCAAACCCAAAACAAAGAAACCUCAAGCUGCCCCUACUUUAUUUAAUUUUUCCUUUGCCUUCCUCCGUUCACUGGCAUCUUCACGGACAAAUCCAAGCCUUAUCUGGAGUUCUCCAGCAGCAGCCUUGUACAGCAGUCCAAGAACAGAAGGAUCCGAAAACCAACAACUCGAUCAGAGCUUUGUUCACACAUGAGUGAGAUGAAGUCUCUUCUUUCCAUCUCUUUUGUAGUCCGAUUUGCUGCUGAACAGUGGUGGAGUAACGAACUCACGAGCCUAUUUGCAUAAGUACUUCAUCAAGCUGCAGACCGCAACAAGGCCUUUUCUGAAACGGAACCAAGAGAGAGCUAGCUAGGGAGCAAGAAUUCGGGGUUCUCCUAUUAGUUUUCGGUCCAGGUAAAAAGCAGUGACCCUGUUGAGCAAUGGUGAUAAGACUUCAUCAUCGUUCACACCGUCUCCUCCUCGAUACAGAAUCAAGCACGCCACCAUCUAUUAAUGGAAGUAGAAGCACCCGUGGGUCUUAUGGUAGCGAGGCAAACUUCGAUACCAACAUGGUGAUUAUCCUAGCAGCCUUGCUUUGUGCAUUAAUAUGCGCGCUGGGACUAAAUUCAAUUGUGCGUUGCGCUCUAAGAUGUAGCCGUAGGUUUGCGUUUGAAACACCGGAUGAGACUGCUGCACGUCUGGCUGCCACGGGCCUUAAAAAGAGCGCAUUGCGUCAGAUCCCCGUAGCUGUAUACGGGUCAGGGCUCAAUAUUCCGGCCACAGAUUGUCCAAUUUGCCUUGGCGAAUUUGCGGAUGGUGAGAAAGUUAGAGUGCUGCCAAAAUGUAACCAUGGUUUCCAUGUAAGGUGUAUAGACACUUGGUUGAUGUCACACUCAUCAUGUCCAACUUGCCGGCAAUCGUUGCUAGAACAGCCAGCAAGUUCCGAGGGUGGGGAUGCUGAUGCAGAUGCUGGAAGUCGGCAUAUUACAAAUGCAUCGGAAGGACAAGGGGAUGUGCCAAUAGCUGUGGAUGAGGUAAGUUGAAUCUUGAAUUGCAAAUAUAUAUAUAUAUAUAUAUAUAUAUCUAUAUAUCUCGCGAUCCUCCACCUCUGCCCCCAACCAAUUAAUCGGAAGGAAAUAGACAAAUAGUAGGUUUUCUUUGUUUGUUUUAGAUGGUAGCUGGUAAUAUUUUCUUUUACAUAUUGUUAGUUUAGUCAUGAUAUAUUAUAUUGUGCAUAGAGAGGCGUCUUCUUACUUGCAACUUCAAUAUGUCUAUCAAGGUUUCUGAGGCAAAACUGUAUCUCAUGUUUGGGAUAAAGAAAAUAAUUUGUAUUGAAAA